CAGAGCGCAUGGCGACGUGGCCGGCCCGAGCCCGGAAGUGGACGGUGAGAAGCUGCUGCGCACCGUUGCUGUGAGCCGAGUUGGCUGCUCCUUCUCUGCUGCAUUGCCCCCGCUGGCACCAGCAUGUUGAAGAAAUUCGACAAGAAGGACGAGGAGUCGGGUGGAGGCUCCAACCCAUUCCAGCACCUGGAGAAAAGUUCGGUACUCCAGGAGGCCCGUGUCUUUAAUGAAACUCCCAUCAACCCUCGGAAAUGUGCCCACAUCCUCACCAAGAUCCUUUACCUCAUUAACCAGGGGGAGCACCUGGGGACCACUGAAGCAACCGAGGCAUUCUUUGCCAUGACCAAGCUCUUUCAGUCCAAUGAUCCCACACUCCGUCGGAUGUGCUAUUUGACCAUCAAGGAGAUGGCUUGCAUUGCAGAGGAUGUCAUCAUUGUCACCAGCAGCCUGACAAAGGACAUGACUGGGAAAGAAGACAACUACCGGGGCCCAGCUGUGCGAGCACUUUGCCAGAUCACUGAUAGUACCAUGCUGCAGGCCAUUGAGCGCUACAUGAAACAGGCCAUCGUGGACAAGGUUCCAAGUGUCUCCAGCUCUGCCUUGGUGUCUUCCCUGCACCUGCUGAAGUGUAGUUUUGACGUGGUCAAACGUUGGGUGAAUGAGGCCCAGGAGGCAGCGUCCAGUGAUAACAUUAUGGUCCAGUACCACGCACUGGGGCUCCUGUACCAUGUGCGGAAGAAUGACCGCCUGGCUGUCAGUAAGAUGAUUAGCAAGUUUACCCGGCACGGCCUCAAGUCUCCCUUUGCCUACUGCAUGAUGAUCCGAGUGGCCAGCAAACAGCUGGAAGAGGAGGACGGCAGUCGUGACAGCCCACUGUUUGAUUUCAUCGAGAGCUGCUUGCGCAAUAAGUAUGAGAUGGUGGUAUAUGAAGCUGCCUCAGCCAUCGUCAACUUGCCAGGCUGCAGUGCCAAAGAGCUGGCCCCCGCUGUGUCAGUGCUCCAGCUUUUCUGCAGUUCACCCAAGGCUGCCCUUCGCUACGCUGCUGUCCGCACCCUUAAUAAGGUGGCCAUGAAGCACCCAUCAGCUGUGACAGCUUGUAAUCUGGACCUGGAGAACCUGGUCACAGACGCGAAUCGCAGCAUUGCCACACUGGCUAUCACCACACUCCUCAAAACGGGCAGUGAGAGCAGCAUUGACCGCCUCAUGAAGCAGAUCUCUUCCUUCAUGUCAGAGAUCUCGGAUGAGUUCAAGGUGGUGGUUGUCCAGGCCAUCAGCACCUUGUGUCAGAAGUACCCUCGCAAACAUGCUGUCCUUAUGAGCUUCCUGUUCACCAUGCUUCGGGAAGAGGGCGGCUUUGAGUACAAACGUGCCAUCGUGGACUGCAUAAUCAGCAUCAUUGAGGAGAACUCAGAGAGCAAGGAAACGGGGCUGUCACACCUGUGCGAGUUCAUCGAGGAUUGUGAGUUCACUGUGCUAGCCACCCGCAUACUGCACCUGCUGGGCCAGGAGGGCCCCAAGACCAACAACCCUUCCAAGUACAUCCGCUUCAUCUACAACCGCGUGGUCUUGGAACACGAGGAGGUCCGCGCGGGCGCUGUGAGUGCUCUGGCCAAGUUUGGAGCCCAGAAUGAAGAGAUGCUACCCAGUAUCUUGGUACUGCUUAAGAGGUGUGUGAUGGACGAUGACAAUGAAGUCAGGGACCGAGCCACCUUCUACCUGAAUGUCCUGGAGCAGAAGCAGAAGGUCCUCAAUGCAGGCUAUAUUCUAAAUGGUCUAACAGUGUCCAUCCCUGGUCUGGAGAGGGCUCUGCAGCAGUACACUCUAGAACCAUCGGAAAAACCUUUUGACCUGAAGUCUGUGCCCCUGGCCACCACACCUAUGGCAGAGCAGAGAACAGAAAACACGCCAGUCACAGCAGCCAAACAGCCUGAGAAAGUGGCCGCCACCCGGCAGGAGAUCUUCCAGGAGCAGUUGGCAGCGGUUCCAGAGUUCCAUGGGCUCGGGCCCCUCUUCAAGUCCUCACCCGAGCCAGUGGCCCUCACUGAGUCGGAGACAGAGUAUGUUAUCCGCUGCACCAAGCACACUUUCGCUGACCACAUGGUGUUUCAGUUUGACUGCACAAACACGCUCAAUGACCAGACUCUGGAGAACGUCACAGUACAGAUGGAACCCACUGAAGCCUACGAGGUGCUUUGUUAUGUGCCUGCCCGGAGCCUGCCGUACAACCAGCCUGGGACAUGCUACACGCUGGUGGCCCUGCCCAAGGAGGACCCCACAGCUGUGGCCUGCACAUUUAGCUGCAUGAUGAAGUUCACUGUCAAGGACUGUGACCCCACCACAGGGGAGACCGACGAUGAAGGCUAUGAGGAUGAGUAUGUGCUGGAAGAUCUAGAAGUCACUGUAGCUGAUCACAUCCAAAAAGUCAUGAAACUGAACUUCGAAGCAGCCUGGGAUGAGGUAGGGGCUGCGUUUGAGAAGGAAGAAGCAUUCACCUUGUCUACCAUCAAGACACUCGAGGAGGCUGUAGGCAAUAUCGUGAAGUUUCUGGGAAUGCACCCCUGUGAGAGGUCGGACAAAGUGCCAGAUAACAAGAACACCCACACACUGCUCCUGGCCGGUGUGUUUCGGGGCGGUCAUGACAUCCUCGUGCGUUCUCGGCUGCUGCUUUUGGACACAGUGACAAUGCAGGUGACAGCUAGAAGUACAGAGGAGCUGCCAGUCGACAUCAUCUUGGCAUCUGUGGGCUAAGGGUCCAGCCAUGAUCAGCCCUGCUCCUACCUUUUACCCCCACACCACGAAGAAGUCACACCUCCCCCAACAAAGUGAAAGAGCUCCUUCCUGAGCUUCUGUGUUCAAAAACAAUCAGGAAUCAUUGUGAUUUUUUUUUUUUUAAAUCUGCCCCUUCAUCCAGGACUGCUAGGGUUAUAUGUUUAAAAAUAGGGUAUUUGUUUAGCUUGUCCCAGCUCUAGCUGCCUUGCCUGCAAGGGAAAGGACAUCACAAAUGAAUAAAAUGUUUGCACCUUCUCUUGAAUUUAUCCCUAAAGAAACCAUCUUAUCUGUACAAUAAAUG